UCACCCUAACUUUAGAGAGUAUAUGCCUGUAUUAGCAUGUAAGUAGCGCGUCGAUUCGACGUGACAUUUAAUUUUUGAACCGCGAUCGGAACACGCAUCGAAAGGUAUUUUGACGUUGGUGUAUUUUCCGAACGUGCCAACGAUCAAAGUAAGAUGUCGUCGGGCGUUAUAGAUAUACUUGUGGACAUGGGUUUCAGUAUAUCCAAGGCCGAAAAAGCCUUGGAGAUUACCGGCAACAAAGGUGUCGAGCCGGCGAUGGAAUGGCUGUUGGCGCAUUCCGAUGAGGCUGAGCCAACGCUUGAACCUACCAUGGCAGAAGGCGCUCCGGCACCGGUCACUGAUACACCGUCUCAGGAUAAUGUUGCUGGUGCUACCAGUGAGCAAGUGUCUACCACCGAGACGGCCAAAUCGAUGAAAUGUGAUAUAUGUGGCAAGCUCUUCAAGUCUAACUUAGAGGUAGAGUUUCAUGCUACGAAAUCAGGACAUGACAGAUUCUCUGAAAGCACAGAAGAAAAGAAACCACUUACCGAAGAGGAAAAGAAAGAACAGUUGAAAAUAUUGGAAGAAAAGAUGAGACAAAAGAGGAAAGAAAGAGAGGAGCAGGAGAAAAAAGAUGCAUUUGAGAGAGAAAGGAACAGGAUACGGUCAGGGAAGGAAAUGUCUGAAGCCAGAAAAAAAUUAGAAGAAUUAGAAAUGAUAAAGCUCUUUGAGCAAAGAAAACGUGAAAAAGCUGAAGAGAAAGAAGCACGACAGAGAGUAAGAGCACAGAUCGAAGCUGAUAAAGCAGCAAGAAAAGCUAAAGCAGCUGCUGAGAGCGGCCAAUUACUUAAUACCGUUCCAGUUCCAUCACCCACGACAUCUUCCUUGUCUACGACACAUCAUAGGAAAGAUUACAGUGAAACCAAGCUUCAGCUCAGGCUCACCAACGGGCAAACUUUGAUACAAAAUUUCGGAAGUAAAGAACAAUUGUCCGCGGUGAGAUUAUUUAUAGAGAUGAACAGGACGGAUGGUACUGGUCCUUUUCAAUUAAUGACUACUUUUCCUAAGAAAAUAUUUACAGAGGAGGAUUAUGACACACCAUUGGAUGUGUUAGGUUUGGUGCCCUCAGCAGUCGUGAUCGUUCAGAAGAAGGUGGAAUGAUGUAGCCAAUGAUAUCCUAAU